GUUGUGUGCCUUCUCCACGCACACUCGAACUAGCUUCAUCGGCAGAUUAAGUCGUAAAUAGCUCAAUUCAGUUGGCUAACUAACGUGGUGCAGAUCAGCUACUAAGAUAGCAAUGGCUUCUUUAGGUCGCUGCAGCUUUGUGGUGGCGUGUGCCGCGGCGGCGAUGGCGUUCGCGCUCUUGGCCACGCCGAGCAGCGGGCAGCUGGAUCCUCAUUUCUACGACCACACCUGCCCGCAGGCGCUCCCCACCAUCAAGAGGGUCGUGGAGGAGGCCGUCGCGGCGGAGCCGCGCAUGGGCGCCUCGCUCCUGCGCCUGCUAUUCCACGACUGCUUCGUCAACGGUUGCGACGGGUCCGUCCUGCUGGACGACACGCCCUUCUUCACCGGCGAGAAGAACGCCGCGCCCAACAUGAACUCCGCCCGCGGCUUCGACGUGAUCGACCGCAUCAAGGCCGCCGUCAACGCCGCGUGCAGGGGCAACGUCGUCUCCUGCGCUGACAUCAUCGCGGUGGCGGCCCGUGACUCCGUCGUCGCGCUGGGAGGGCCGUCGUACAACGUGCCGCUUGGCCGCCGGGACGCGCGGACGGCGAGCCAGGCCGCGGCGAACAACAGCAUCCCGGCGCCGACCUUAAACCUGGACCGCCUCGUCUCCAACUUCGCCUCGCACGGCCUCUCCGUCCAGGACCUCGUCUUGCUGUCAGGGGCGCACACGCUGGGCUUCUCCCGGUGUACCAACUUCCGGGACCGCCUCUACAACGAGACCGCCACCCUGGACGGCACCCUCGCCGCCUCGUUCCGGAACGUGUGCCCGCGGGCUACCGGCAGCGGCGACGACAACCUCGCGCCGCUCGACCCGACGCCCGCGCGGUUCGACGGCGCGUACUACGGCUCGCUGCUGCGGAACAGGGGAGUCCUGCACUCGGACCAGCAGCUGUUCGCCGGCGGCAUCACCGACGCGCUCGUGACGUUCUACGGCGCGAACCCGGAGGCGUUCAGAAGGGACUUCGUGGUGGCCAUGGUGAGGAUGGGCAGCCUGAGCCCGCUCACCGGGAGCAGCGGCGAGAUCCGCUACAACUGCAGGCAGGUGAACUACUCUUGAAUGCUUCACGCGCUCUCGCGCACCUGGAAGCUGGAGCUAGCCCGUGGUACUACCGUUCGAUUGAGCACGGCGUCGUGUCAGACAUAGAGUGUGGUUGCAACUAAGUUACAUCAUCUGCAUUUGUUGUGAGUUGUUUACUUCUAAAAGUGUUGCUCUUGUGAUGUAGCAUCUCAUUUGAUUGCCCGGUCUGUGAGGUUUGCAAGGUGAGAUUAGUGUUUUGCUCAUGCUUUUCUUUUUAAUCGUGUAUUGAGUCGUACGCUUUCGAGUACUAAUAAACGAAGCACCGGAAACUUGUAAGUUCUUGUGUAUGAAAAAAAUGUCGAUCUUGAGUACUUGGAUUAAAGAACCAGAGGUCC